CUUAUGACCAGCGCCGAAGCUCCCAGUCCCGGCUUUUACCGCGCUGUGGUCGGUGGUCAGCAACUGUCUUCCUCCGCUUCCGAGCCUUUUCCGUGGUGUUGCUGCUCUCGCUGCUGCCUGCUCUUCCGGAUCAUGGUGUGCUUCCGCCUUUCUCCGGUGCCGGGCUCGGGGUUCGUUCUGCUCUGCCUCAUUCUGGGAGCUGUCUCGUCUUAUGCAUUAGAACUUAAUUUGACGGAUUCAAAAAAUGCUACUUGCCUUUAUGCAAAAUGGCGGAUGAAUUUCACAAUAGGCUAUGAGACUACAAGCAAAACUAAUAAAACUGUAACCAUUUCAGACCUUGGCAAUGCAACAUAUAAUGGAAGCAUCUGUGGUGAUGAUCAGAUUGGUCCCAAAAUUGAGGUGCAAUUUGGAUCUGUUUUUUCCUGGACUGCGUAUUUUACAAAGGAGGUGUCUACUUAUUUAAUUGAAAGUAUCUCAUUUUCCUAUAACACUAAUGAUAGCACAACAUUUCCUGAUGCUAAAAAGAAAGAAAAUGUUACUGUUCAUGAACCUGUGGCAGUCAGAAUUCCAUUGGAUGAGAUCUUUAGAUGCAAUAGUAUAUUGACUUUAGGAAAGAAAGAUGUUGUCCAGCACUAUUGGGAUGUUCAUGUACAAGCUUUUGUCCAAAAUGGCACAGUGAGCACAAAAGAGUUUCUGUGUGAUAAAGAUAAAACUUCAACCACUGUCGUGCCCAUUGCUCCCACAACUUUACCAUCUCCUACUACAACACCUGCUCAAAAGGAAAAACCAGAGAUUGGAUCCUAUUCAGUUAAUAAUACUAAUGGUACUUGUCUUCUGGCUACCAUGGGGCUGCAGCUGAACAUGACUCAAGAUAAGGUUGUUACAGUUAUUAACAUCAAACCCAAUACAACUGACUUCACUGGCAGCUGCCAUUCUCAAACUGCUCUACUUAGGCUGAACGGCAGCAACAUUAACUAUCUUGACUUUGUCUUUGCUGUGAAAAAUGAAAACCGAUUCUAUCUGAAGGAAGUGAAUGUCAGCAUGUAUUUGGUUAAUGGCUCUGUUUUCAGCAUUGCAAAUAACAAUCUUAGCUACUGGGAUGCCCCCCUGGGAAGUUCUUAUAUGUGCAACAAAGAGCAGACGGUUUCAGUGUCUGGAGCAUUUCAGAUAAAUACCUUUUAUCUAAGGGUUCAGCCUUUCAAUGUGAUAGAAGGAAAGUAUUCUACAGCUCAAGACUGCAGUACAGAUGAAGACAACUUCCUUGUGCCCAUAGCAGUGGGAGCAGCAUUGGCAGGAGUACUUAUUCUAAUGUUGCUGAUUUACUUAAUUGGUCUCAAGCACCAUCACACUGGAUAUGAGCAGUUUUAGAACCUGCAAUCUGAUUGAUUAUAUAAAAAUACAUGCACAUAAGAUUUUCUUGCCUCUUAAUUUUGAAACAGUUUGCUCCUUAAAAUUAAUUAUUAAAUCAGUGCUAGCAUUUUGAGAUAAAUCUUUAUAAAUAAAAAACUGUUAUGUUUGAUCAGCUUGAAAUAAAAAAUGUUUUUGCUGGUCCUGAAUGUAAACUUGUUAAAAAGAACAUUGGUGUGCAAUGUUUUAAGAUCUGUCUUAAGCUUUGGCCAAAUUUUGAUCCUAAAAUGCCUUAAACUUGUUAACAUGGUCAUUAUAAGAAUAAAAUAUGUAGCUGUCUGUUAAUAGAAUUAAUAAGUACUAUUUCACUACUAGUAUUCUGUUUCAGUGUAUAAGAACUAUACUGAUUUAAAGUCAUCACAGUGUCCUUGCAUACAGUUCAUUAAAUAUUGAUGUGGCAUGAAUGUCCAUCAGAUAUACUCAAACUUGCUUUUCAGUUGAAUGUCCUCAGGGCCAUCAGCAUUUUUUAGGUUAUGUGACUUUUUGUUGAUUUCUUUGAGUCCAAGUUACAGAUGAAGUCAGUUUCUCAGGCUUGUGACUUUUACCUUCUAGGUAAAUAAUAGAACCAAAAGGUCACAACAGAACUUAACCUGGCCUGAGAAUUAGUUUUUUUUUUAAUGUUUCCUUUUCCUCAAUAGACACUGAAAAGAUUCAAGCAUAUUUAAUCACUUGCCUUUUUUUUCUUGUUAUUCUUGUCUUUGGAUGCCUGAUUAGCAUUGAAAGAUAGAAAUAUUCUAUGAACUAAUUGGGACAGAUUGUGUUGUGUUUCUGUACCUCAUUUUGUUGAUCUCUAGAGCAUUAAAAUCUAUUUAGUGUU